GAUGGAGGAGGAAUCCGGGGCCUAUCAUCCCUCAUCAUCCUGAAGUACCUAAUGAAACGAGUCAGGCCGGACAACCCCCCCAAACCAUGCGAAUAUUUCGACCUGAUUGGAGGGACAAGCACUGGCGGACUUAUCGCUAUCAUGCUUGGUCGGCUCCGCAUGGAUGUAGACACCUGCAUUGAAAAGUAUGGCGAGCUUUCUUCGCGUGUGUUCCAACCGAAGCGGGCAGGAGUAAACUUCCUGGACAAAUUGAAAGAUUUCGCCAAGGCUGAGGAAAGUAUCGCUCUGGCCGGCGAUGCGCAGUCGAGGCUCCUUCAGAUCGGCCCAGACCCCGAAUGCAGAGUUUUUGUAUGUGCCUUCACGAAUGAUCUCAACGUCCCUGUCCGACUCCGGUCCUAUUCUACGGCAGACUCUGUCGAUUCUCUUUCUGGAUCACGCUGCGCCAUCUGGGAGGCCGCACGAGCCACAUCCGCCGCAGCCACAUUCUUUGAUCGGAUCCAGGUCGGACGUCAAUAUUACGUUGAUGGGGCCACAGGCUACAACAACCCAGUAGAAGUAGUUCUCGAAGAAGCCAAUUCUAUCUGGCCAGACGCACUGGCGAGAAUCCAAUGCCUCGUAAGCAUCGGGACGGGGGUUCCAGACCUAAGGGACUUUGGCGACAACCUCAAGGGCGUAUUCGAAACAGUGAAAGAGAUCGCGACAGAAACAGAGAUAACACAGAAGAGAUUCUUGAAAAACCACGUUCAUUUAGGCGUCAAGGGUCGUUACUUCCGGCUCAACGUCAAUGAGGGCCGCCUUACGGGAGUUGGGUUGGACGAGCAUAAGAAGCAGGGUAGAAUAGAGAUUGCGAGCGAAGAUUAUCUCGAGGAUCCUCAAACCAGAACACUGGUCGAUGAAUUUCUUGCAGUUCGUGCACCGCUGGCACACAGAACAAGUGAGACCCCAGGUCAGUAA